AUGACGAAAAGUGCACUUGAGCUUAUGGUCGCGGUUAUUAAUUUAUUAGUGAAUGAUGCCUUCACUUGGCAGAAAUGCAUUAAGCAGCAGUAUCAAUUAGAUGAAAUAAAAAAAGAGCUACAUGUUCAAAAUAUUUCGUUUGAUAAAAAUGCCAAUACUAAUAUUAAAACCAACGUCGAUGGGCAUGAAAUUAUUUUUGUUUUCGACAUUCUCAUCAAUACCUUUUUGCCAUAA